GUGCGGUUCGCCCAUCCAGACCAGACCAGACCCCUUUGCAAGGAAAGGAGAGAAAGAUGACUGCUUCAAACUCUCUCCUGCGCUUUGGGAUGGCUUGUCGACUGAGAUCUGCCUUCUGGAAGAUGAACCCGUCCGCUCGCGAGUGAAGAUACUCCGUAGAAAUUCGCUCUCAGGUUCUAAUGGGCGAGACAGAUAAAGAGACGAGUAACACGGCUUCCCCUGACAGCGGAAGACGUAGCGGGCUAAAGGUUCUUGAUCCUGCGAUUUCUAGAUUCUUCGGGCAGCUUCCUCAGAAGCUUGGGAAUGGCUUCAAGUCACCACUUAAAAUGUUUAGAAGGGAAAUUGAAAGACCGAAAUCCGGAAGCUCUUCUUUGAGGAACUCGAGAGAAUCCUUGACUGAUUUUGAGGUCAAUCUGGAGAAGCAACUGCAAGCAUGGAAUGAAAAUCCCGUAUGGGUGGAUCAAGCUCCAGAAAUAAAGGUGAGCGUGCCAAAAGGAUCUCUUUGCAACCUCAACGUAAAAGUCCAUGUGGGGUUGCCUCCAGAUGCUGUGUAUAACAUUGUGAUUGAUCCUGAUAAUAAGAGGGUUUUCAAGAAUAUUAAGGAAGUCAUAUCCAGAACGGUUUUGGUCAAUGAAGGUUUAAGACAAGUUGUUGAAUUGGAGCAAGCGGCCCUGUGGAAGUUCCUUUGGUGGUCAGGGACCAUUUCAGUACAUGUUUUGGUGGAUCAAAAUAGAGCAGAUCACUCGAUGAAGUUCAAGCAAGUAAAAACAGGGUUCAUGAAAAGAUUUGAAGGAUGCUGGAGAGUAGAACCUUAUUUUGUCGACGAGAAAAUCUGCUACCCCUUCAAGCCUAAGACAUGGGAAGACUAUCAAUCAUGUACUGGAGGAAAAGGAAGGAUCGGAUCAAGAGUGAGCUUGGACCAGCUGAUCCAACCAUCUCUAGUCCCUCCUCCGCCCAUAUCUUGGUAUCUGAGGGGAAUCACUGCCAGGACCACUGAGAUGCUGAUAACUGAUUUGCUUGCUGAAACCGCAAGAAUCAGAGAUGGCCUUAAUCCCGCGAAAUCGGGUAAUGACCAUGAGUCGUCUGACAAAAUGCACGAUAAGCAACUCGAGGAAACGGGUGAUAUCAAAGAGCGAUGGGCCUUGCGGAGGAGAUUGAUGAAGCGAAGAGAUAGAAGGGUGCUAUCUGGGCAAUGAUGCUGAGGAGAUUAGUUUUGUAUCUGUCGACAAGAAUCGAUUCUCUGUAUUAAAUGCUGUCUUUGCUCAGACUACAUCAUCUCUACUUAAAUCUUUCCGACAA